AUAAACGGGUGACGAGACUUUCAAGCUUUGCAUAAGACAGCAAGGAACAAGCAGUGGGAUUGUUUCCUGUUUGUGCCAGAACAGGUUUGUGCUGUGGCCGGGGAGUGAGCAGUUUGAAGUGAAGAUACUUUUCCUUGGUGACAAAAUGGACUCUUUCAAAGGACCUUGCCCUCAUCAGAGUAUUCCUGUUGAGAUGGAUGAGAGGAUGACAUCCACCAGUCUGGACUUAGCCUGGCCUCCCCCUUGCACACAGUGUACAGAGCCCACCAAAGGGCCAGAGGAAUACAACUAUGAGCCUCCUCAGGGGGCAGCGUACAGUGUUGGACUCCCUGAGAGCCACUACCAGCCUGAACCCAGAUCAGCCCAUCAUGCUGCUCUGGAUCCACACUUCAUGCCCCCAGCACCAGCGGCACAUUCAGGACAUAUGAACCCCUUCCACCGUGCAAACAUUUGGCCUCAUGGUCUCAGAGAGCAGAUACUGCUGAAUGAACCGGACCUCGUGGUUGAUAACAGCAGCAGCUUCGGUGGCCCUUCAAACCAACACUGUAGGCGCUCCACGGAGGAAUCCUUGGAGCCUCCUCUUCCGCUCAAAUCGAACCCCUACGACCACAAUCCAUCACAAUAUCCAGCGACACAUGUGACCGGCCGCAGGCUGGUGCAGUGGAGCGCCAUGAGACAGUGUCCCUGCUGUCCUCCAGCCCAUCAGCUCCAUCAUAAUAACAACCGUGGUCAUCACAAUCCCAAUCAUUACCCUGCGGGUCCUGCCCAGGAGCAUCAACCCCACCAACAACUCAAUCGCCAACAACAAGGGAUGCAACAUAGAAAUGCUCCCAAUGUCCCCCGUGGAUCUUUGCCUCCUUGUGCAGCGCCCCCUAGAGAUGUGAUGCUGGAGGUCAGUGUGGAUCGAUCCAAUCAAGCAGAUCUGAGAGCAGCCACGAGGGAGGUCAGGAAGACCAUCAGCCUGCCUCAGGAGUGCAGAAAUGUCUUCAUCACAUACUCAGUGGACACGGCUGAAGAUAUACUUACUUUUGUCAAUUUUCUCAUCGCUCAAGGUUUCAACCCAGCAAUUGACGUGUUUGAUAGUCCAAUCCAACGACUGGGCAUCACCAAAUGGAUGGACAGCUUUCUGAAUGAUAAAUCGGUGCUCAUCAUCGUGGUCAUCAGUCCCAAGUACAAGCAGGACGUGGAGGAAGUUGGAGGCGAUGAGCACGGCCUGCACACCAAGUACAUCCACAACCAGAUUCAAAAUGAGUACAUCCAACAAGGCUGCCUGAACUUUAGACUGGUUCCUGUGUUGUUUCCAAGUGCAACCAAGAACCACGUCCCCAGCUGGCUGAGGAACACCAGGAUCUACCGCUGGCCUCAGGACUGCCAGGACAUCGUGCUCCGCCUGCUGAGGGAGGAACGUUACAUCCUCCCUCAACGCAGCGUCGAUCUCACCCUCACCGUUCGACCUCUCUCACACCACUGACAAAGACUCCUGGAAAAUAUGCAGCAUCAAGAAAUUUACUUUGUGAAAAAGCUCAAGCUGCUGUAGAUAUGUUUUCAUCACAAAGACAGUACAAGAAGGUUCAAUUUGAAAAUGUUUCCCCUUUUGUUGCUUGUUUUCCUGUUGAUUCACUUUGAUGGUGUUUCUGAUCUCACAUCAUAUUAUGAAAACCGUUCAAUCUUUUUCCUUUAUUACAGCAUAUGAAAUGAAACUGACUCAGAAAAUUGUCAAUAAUUGCACAAACGCAGAGUCUGAUGUGUUACAAGUGUUGUGAUCAUUAUCAAUCAUUGAACUGACAAGUUAAAAAAGCUUGUACAAACAGAUUAAAUCAGAUUAACUCUAAUAUUUCUGAUAAAUUACACUACCCGUGUUUAGGCUGCUGCUGCCUCCAUGAGCUUCAUUCUAAGGGGGCAACUCUUUACUUGAUUUACAAUUAAAGCAACCUUUACUGAUUUUACCCACCAGGGUGCAAUGAAUGGCGCAAAAUACUCAGCAGGCAACAUUACCAGAUUAUGAAGUUUUUAAUUUAUUACUUGCUUCCACAUUUAGCAUACACAGAGGAAAAAUUUGCGUAAUUUUGUUUGAUUUUCAGUCCACUUGGUUAGUUGCUCUGCUCUGUUUUGGAGUUUUACAACAACAGCAGAAUUUGUGGGUGAUAAAACCAAAAAAUAAAAAACAUAUGUACUUACAAAAUUAAAUGAUAGUUUUGUAUGUUCGCUACUACGAUCGACUGCUUUUAUAAAUUUGGUUCAUUGUAUACAAACACAAGAAUGCUAUUAAGUGCAGCUUUAAAGAGAGGCAUCUUUAAAUCAGCAGUCAUGAGGUUAAAAUUGGAAAUGUUAAAGCAGGUAACACGUACUGGAAGAUGGAUUAUGAAAGAUACAAACAGCUUUGGCUCUCAAUUUUUGCAAUUUUAAUAUCAUUACAGUCAAAAUAAGAAAGCCAGGUUUUAUUUUUUUCACUUUUCUACAAUCACAUUUUAGUUCAUUAAUGCAUAUUUGUCAUGCACUUUUUAUUAAUCAGCAUGAGCGUUUUUAAGCUGAACAGUUUAUCAGUAAAUCAUACUUUCUAGACUCUACGUUACACUGUCUGUGUAUGUUUGUAGUGAAGCUUAUGAUUAACCAGAAGGUGGCAGUAUGCAACAGAUAAUAUCAACACUCCUCCAGCACUGGUUCUCUUCUCAUGGUUAAAGCUCUGAUUUGCAGUUCAUACAUUAUAUUUUUAUUACUUUUAAAAUAAAUGCUCUGUUUUAACUAA